AGAUACCUGUACCUUGCAUCAUUGGGCUCUAUAUAUAGCUUCUCAAAUGCCAAGUCUUGGCCCAUCUUUUCAUUAUCUGAUCAUCAGUGGCAGCAUAAGUGGAUUGCACACAAAAGACUUGAAACUUUAAAAGUCAACCUAUCAUCAUCAAUGGAGGUUCCUGUUGGUUUUCUGGUUGUUUCUCUUCUGCUCACUUGUUUUUCAGCUACUGGCUAUGGUGUCACCUUCUCCUCCCUUCAGAGAACUCUUGUAGUUACCACUUCACCCACACAGGGCCAAGUUCUGAAGGCAGGGGAAGAACAAAUCACAGUGACAUGGGCACUGAACCAGACCUUCCCAGCUGGGACAGACUCGGCCUACAGRACUGUAAAAGUGAAGCUAUGCUAUGCACCCAUCAGUCAAAAGGACAGAUCUUGGAGGAAAACGGAGGAYGAAAUGAAGAAGGACAAGACCUGCCAACACAAGAUUGURUCUAGGCCAUACAGUGCUUCAAACAACUCCUUUUCAUGGACCAUCAUGAGAGACAUUCCUUCUGGAACAUAUUUUGUGAGGGCGUAUGUGUUCAACACUGAGGAUCAUGAGGUUGCCUUUGGCCAGAACACAAAUGCAGAAAGAGCUACAAACUUGUUUGAAGUCCAAGCAAUCACAGGUCGCCAUGCGUCCCUUGAUAUUGCAUCCGUCUGCUUUUCUGCUUUCUCCAUAGUAGCAUUGGCCGGUUUCUUCUACAUGGAAAAGAGCAAGGGAAAGGCAUCCCAACAGAAAUGAGAUCAGCAGGGUGGGAAUUGAUGUUCUGUUAAUCGUGACAUUUAAAUUCAGCAAAAAAAAAAAAAAAAGAAUUCUAAUUUGGUUUAACCAUGGUGGUGUACAACUUAGUACUGAUCACUUACAGGGGCCGUGGUGGGAAGUGAGGAUAAAUAAAGAUGGUUGUAAUAGACAUGUGUUAAUUAUGUUCUUUUUGUUUAAAAUAGAAAGGAAGAUGCCUCUUCAUUGUUUUGGACCCAGAUGUCAAGUUAUACAAAAAUGUGUUAUUCCAUACU